CCGACACGCCAGCUCUGCUUCCACGAACCUGAAAGACGUCCUGGCCAACUUGGUUCCCAAGGAGCAGUCGAGAAUCAAGAGCUUCAGGCAGCAAUAUGGCAACACGGUCAUCGGGCAAGUCACUGUGGAGAUGGUGUACGGCGGGAUGAGAGGCAUGAAGGGGUUAAUAUACGAGACCUCUGUCCUGGACCCCGAUGAGGGCAUCCGCUUCCGCGGGUACAGCAUCCCCGAGUGCCAGAAGCUGCUGCCCAAAGCCCCAGGAGGGGAGGAGCCCCUGCCCGAGGGCCUGUUCUGGCUGCUUCUGACCGGAGACAUCCCCACUCAGGAACAGGUGAGCUGGGUCUCCCAAGAGUGGGCCAAGAGGGCGGCUCUGCCCUCCCACGUGGUGACCAUGCUGGACAACUUCCCCACCAACCUGCACCCCAUGUCCCAGCUCAGCGCCGCCAUCACCGCCCUCAACAGCGAGAGCAGCUUCGCCCGGGCCUAUUCCGAGGGCAUCAGCCGGGCCAAGUACUGGGAGUUCAUCUANGAGGACUCCAUGGACCUGAUCGCCAAGCUGCCUUGCAUCGCCGCCAAGAUCUACCGCAACCUGUACCGCGAGGGCAGCAGCAUCGGGGCCAUCGACCCCAGCCUGGACUGGUCCCAUAACUUCACCAACAUGCUGGGCUACAGCGACCCCCAGUUCAUCGAGCUCAUGCGGCUCUACCUCACCAUCCACAGUGAUCACGAGGGCGGGAACGUCAGCGCCCACACCAGCCACCUGGUGGGCAGCGCCCUCUCCGACCCGUACCUCGCCUUCGCCGCGGCCAUGAACGGCCUGGCCGGGCCGCUGCACGGCCUCGCCAAUCAGGAGGUGCUGGUGUGGCUGACAAACCUGCAGAAGGAACUGGGCCAGGACGUGCCUGAUGAGAAGCUGCGAGAUUUCAUCUGGAACACGCUGAACUCCGGCCGGGUGGUCCCCGGCUACGGCCACGCCGUGCUGAGGAAGACGGACCCCCGCUACACCUGCCAGCGGGAGUUCGCCCUCAAGCACCUCCCCAAGGACCCCAUGUUCAAACUGGUGGCGCAGCUCUACAAGAUCGUCCCCAACGUGCUCCUGGAGCAGGGCAAGGCCAAGAACCCCUGGCCCAACGUGGACGCGCACAGCGGGGUGCUGCUGCAGUAUUACGGCAUGAAGGAGAUGAAUUACUACACGGUGCUGUUCGGCGUCUCGCGGGCCCUGGGCGUCCUGGCCCAACUCAUCUGGAGCCGGGCGCUCGGCUUCCCGCUGGAGAGACCCAAGUCCAUGAGCACGGACGGCCUCAUGCAGCUCGUGGGCUUCAAAUCGGGUUAAAGGAAGGGAGGGGAGUGGGGGGGGAGCCCGUGCUUGCCAGCUGUCCAGGGGCUGUUUAAAGAGACAGUACACCUUUUCCCUUCCAAGGGCCUCGGCCAGACGCUAGAAUUAAACCUUUCUCUGAGGCACUGACCAUAAGUUUCAGGUUAUUUAUGGUGUAAAUUAAGAUUAAAACAAUCAGCCCCCUUUCUAUCGCCCCCAAUCCGCCCGCCGCCAUUAGCGGCACCUCUGUUAAACUCCUGAGCCAACCAGAGCCCAGCCUACCCCCCCCCCCCGCACGGCUUUCUAGGCCAGCCCGCCCUAGCCCCCCGGCCAGGAGAAGAGGGUCCUUUCUCAAUCAUGUACCGUGCUGAGUGCUGCCUUGUCCAUGUCCCAGCCCCAUAGCCAGACACGCUCCUAGGCCCAGAUCAAACCUGCUCGCUUAGCCCUGAGAGGGGGGUUGGCGUGUGAACGCUUGAAUCGCUUCCUUUGCCUUGGUCCUCCUCUCCUGCCACCUUGAGUCGGGGGCCAGGGCAUCUCUGGGCUUUUCCUCGUCCCAGGGCAGGGCCUGGGGCACCCUCCCUGUACACCGGGCCAUGGACCCUUUCUCAUCCCACCCCCCUAGGACUUCCCUGGCUCGCUGCUGCAGGGGCCAGGCCUUCCCCUAAGCCCCACUGCUGCCUGGGGGGGAGGGGAAAGAUCUGCGCUUAGGCUUUCCCUCGGCGUGGCGGUGGGGCCAGAGCUGUGGGGGGCAGCCCGGCCGCGCGAGGACGUGAUUUCCUAGGCACUAGCUGUGGGGCCGUGCGCCUAGCCACCUUUCUGAGCAGAUGCAGUGCAAAAGUGACCCUGGCUCCUGCCCUGUCUCCCGAGGAAGGACGCGAUACACUCCUCCCCCGCCCCGGUUCUGUGUGUGUUUGUGUGAAUGCCCCGUGUCCCCUAACCACCCCCGGGGCGCUGGGUGGGCUCCGGCCACGGCCUGGCGCAGCCUGUGGGGGGCUCUGUACAAAAUGCAAAAUAAAUGUUUUUAUUAACAAAA